AUGCUUGAUGUUGCAAUUUUGUAUGAAGAAGUAUUUAAUAGAUUAGCAAUCCGUGUAACUCAGUACACUUGUUUGCCAACAAGUUUACAUUGGAAAUUUGCAAAAGAAAUUUGUGGAAAAUUGAAAUUGUUCAAUUCUAUCACUGAAGUGUUUUUUGGAACUAAGUAUCCAACUGCCAAUGAAUACUUUCCUAAGAUUUGUCAAAUUAAAGUUGCAUUACUUCAGUGGAUUGAAUCCUCUGAUGAAUUGGUAAAAAGAAUGGCAGAAAACAUGUUGGUAAAGUUUGAAAAAUAUUGGAGAGUGGUUCAUAAAAUGAUGGGGAUUGCCGCUGUUUUGGAUCCUAGGUAUAAAACUAAUUUGCUUGAAUAUUAUUAUGGAGUCUUCUAUGGGAAUGAUGCUGAUUUCCAAGUUAAGUCAAUCAGACAGGUGUGUUACGAGUUGCUUUAUGAUUAUCAAUUGAAAAUGAACAAGGAUUCUAGAAGUGAAUCUGCAACGUUGGAUGCUAAUGUUGAUGUUUAUUUGGAAGAGGAAGUUUUACCAAGAAGUCCAGAUUUUGAUAUUUUAUUAUGGUGGAAGUUGAAUGACAUUAAGUAUACAACACUUCAAGUAAUUGCAAGGGAUGUAUUGACAAUUCCUGUUUCUACCGUGGCUUCUGAAUCUGCAUUUAGUACAAAUGGUCAUAUCAUAAGCCCUCAUCGAAGUCGACUUCAUUGGACCACUUUAGAAGCUUUGAUGUAUGCAAGAAGUUGGUUAUGGAGUCCUGAGAAUAAUGUUAAUUUGAAAUCUACCAUGGGAAAUGAAUAUGCAAUUUUACUCACUGAAAUGGAGUCUGAUGAUGAAGGUGAGUUGUUGAUCGAUGGUGCUACUUCUAUUUCCAACUCCCGCCUCAAAGAUGAAGAUUAUUAG